UCAAUCGGCUGAUUUAAGCUAACGCUAGCUCUUAGGCUAACCACCGAGGCGGGGCGCUACACAUUAACAGGAGGGCAACACUAUUUGACGGGGGAACAUAUUGGUUUUCUCAAUCGGUUGAUUUAAGCUAACGCUAACUCUUAGGCUAACCACCGAGGCGGGGCGCUACACAUUAACAGGAGGGGGAACAUAUUUUGAUGCUUCACCUGCUACAAGUAACCGGCUGAAUCAAGCUAACGUUAGCUGUUAGGCUAACCACCGAACCGGAGCGCUACUGAUUGACAGGGAACACAUUUUGAUGCGAGACCUGCAGCAGGACUUCAGGACCUGUGACUUUGGAAAGCUACUGCCAGCAAUGAGUGGGGAAAAUAAUAAAUACGUGGAAAAAAAACAUCCAAACCAGGAACACCAGUUCAGUCUGGGCUACUCAAGCCUCCUCCAGUGCCAGCACUUGGACUCUGUGGGAACCUGCAGGUCCAAGGGUGAAAAUGAGGCGGAGAAAAUGAAGGGGCCACUUUGCCACGUCGUCCCCAGAAGACACGCGACCCAUACACACGAACCCGAGGGCGGCGAGGCUGAGAUGAAAAUGAGCAGCGGGUUCGGCGGGCGGUUCCAGCUGCAUGACUUCAGUAAAACAAUCCUCCGUCACACACGCUGAAGAUCUGACGUGCUGACAGCAGUGAUGAGGCCUCGGAGCAGAUAUUACACAUCUAUUACACAUAGCCACCGUAGGGUGAAGUCAAAAUCCAAGAUGGCGCUCUCCGUGCGGACUAACUUCAAACAUCUCUUCAGAUUCAUUCAGAAAUUUAAUUCUCCUCAAAGGUUACUCUGCUCCGGAGCCUGUACGGGAACCAAGGAGCCUUCAGGAGGUGGGCGUGUAUUCUCAGGGAUCCAGCCAACGGGGGUGCCCCACCUGGGCAACUAUCUGGGUGCCCUGGAGAACUGGGUGUCCCUGCAGGACCAAUAUCCUUCGGUGCUCUACAGCAUUGUGGACCUGCACUCCAUCACACAGCCUCAGGACCCGGCACGACUCAGGAGCAACAUCCUGGACAUGGCAGCCAGCCUGCUGGCCUGUGGCAUCGACCCGGAGAGGGCAAUACUCUUCCAGCAGUCUCAGGUAUCCGAGCACGCUGAGCUCUCCUGGAUCCUCGGCUGUCUGACCAGCAUGCCUCGCCUCCGACACCUGCCGCAGUGGAAGAUGAAGAGCAAACAGAAGAAUGAAGGCAGCGUUGGUCUCUACACAUAUCCUGUCCUCCAGGCCGCCGAUAUCCUCCUUUACAAGUCCACUCACGUCCCCGUCGGAGAGGAUCAGGUCCGGCAUUUGGAGCUGGCUCAGGAUCUCGUUCGCAUCUUCAACAACCACUACGGAGACCUGUUCCCUGAACCCAGCGCCCUGCUCAGCUCCACACGAAAGGUCAAAUCCCUCCGUGACCCUUCUGCCAAAAUGUCCAAAUCCGACCCCCAAGCGAUGGCGACGAUCACCAUCACAGACUCUCCUGAUGACAUCGCCCUCAAGAUCCGCCGUGCAGUCACUGACUUCACCUCUGAGGUCACCUUUGACCCAGAGACGCGGCCAGGCGUGUCCAACCUGGUGACGAUCCAUUCUGCCAUGGCGAUGAUCAGCGUGGACGAGGCGGUGUCGCAGGCCAAAGGGAUGGACACUGGUGUCUAUAAGAAGCUCGUCACUGAGGCUGUGAUCCAGAGGCUGACGCCCAUCAGGGAGGAGAUCGAGAGGCUGAGGUCUGACCCUGCUCACCUGGAGGGAGUGCUGGCUCAGGGGACAUGCAGGGCCCGGGAACUGGCUGCGCCGGUCCUCAGAGAGGUCCGACAGAGAGUGGGAUUCUGCUGAGAGGCAGCUGGAGGCCUCGUGGGGCCACAUUUACACCGCAGGCCUCUCUUAGUAUUUAACUGCUGCUGAUAUCAGAUUUUAUUCCGAUGACUGUUUACAGCUCUGAGAUAUUAAAGGAUGUAACGCAUGUUAAAACAAAAUGUGUUGAAAGACGUGGAACAGACUCAGCUGCAGAGGAACAGACUGCAGACCAACUGACACUUGGCCUUUUCUUUUUGUCCUCUGCUGUUGUCUCAUCAGUCUUUUUACACAGAGAUCCAGUGAUGGAGCCGCAACGACACCCUUCAUCACAUCGCCUUUGCUUUUUUUAUAAGAAAACCAAACCAUGCAGCAUCAUGUCGCCCCAGUGUGUGAAUUUAAAUAGCAUGCAGGCGUUCCUGAGGCAAAAGAGGUAUGGCGGCCUGACGUGUAAUACAACAGUGUCGGCCUCUGGUGUGACACGGCAGCGCUCUCUAAACAAUAACAACGGCAUAACAUGGCAACAACAACCAUUUACUGUCUCUGUUACAUUUCGGCUCAUCUCUUCCUCUGCUCGGAGGGAAACAAGCUCCCGAAUCUCAUUGUUUUCCCAAUUUGCAGACAUUUUCGGACUCUGUUCUUCUUCUUUGAGUUAGCUGCUAACUGCUACAUGUUACUUUUUAAAACUCAGGCAGUGGGUCGCAUGGCAUAACACGUCGUCAAAACAUCAUUCAGUAUCAGUUUUAAUUUUAUCUAUAAAGCCCAAUUAGACGUCCUUGAACGCUCACAGCCGACAAGGAAUAACUCGCCAAAAAAUAACUUUAAUGGGGGAAAUAUAACAUGUCAUCAAAACUUCACACCCAUCCCGUCCUGCCAGCUCUCCCUUUUACACAGAUAUCAGUUCGGUGCUGUUAAUAAAUUUGCUGCCACGAAGAGAACACUCUGUCCUCCCAUUCUGUGAUCGUAGCUUUUAUACAGAGUGGCAAGGCAAAAUAACGGUGUGACAUUCCUGCCUUUGACAGGCAAGUGUAAAAGGGGCUGUUGAGAUAAAUGAGGAGGCUGUGUCUUGUGAUACAGCUGUAACGUUGGUCUGAACGUUGCCAAACAAGAAGAUUUCACUUUUGUUUCUGUACAUAUAAUACACACUUGUUCUGAAGACGACACAGCUUGUUUGUCUGCUCAUCCUGUGGCUGUAUGUAUUUCCCCAAAUACCACACAAGCUCUGUUUUUCAUGCUCUUUAAAAUAUUUUGUCUUCUCGUCCCCAGUGUUAACAGCUAUCAGCCAAACUGCCCCCAAAAUAAUCAGAACACUCCUCUUAUUCAAACAAAUCUCAUUUACUUUUUGAUUUCAGUGUCCAAAUUGAACUUGACUUCAGGUCACUGGUGUUGAGAUGUGACGUUGUAGCACAUGUGCGUGUUUCUGUUCACACUGGCAGCUCAAUCAGACGCUUGUUUAAUCUCGAUUGGAAUCAGAUUGGAUUUAUAAAGUCUGGACUGACAAAGACAAAGAGACACCAAAACUUAAAACAGAUUUAUGCAAAUAAGAUUCAAGCCAGAUUCAUCGUUGGUUUUGACAUCUGUUCGGACAGAAAUGAAAGAAAGGAGAGAAAUAAAAGAACAGAUUCAAGAAAAUGCACCUCAGCUCCUGCAGAUAUGCAGACUGCAACAUUUGGUUUUGGAUAAAUGCACAAACACGUCAAUGGUCAGGCACAGUUUGAAGCUAGAGAGUAAAAAUACAUAUAAAGAAACAACAGCCCACAGGACACUUUUGAUGUUGUCACUGCCUGCACUGCAGACAGUGUGUGAGCAAUUAAAAUGUAAGAGAUGACUUAAAAGGUUCUGUGGAGAUCACUGAAAAUAAUUAUUGGGUGCAUUAACUCAAGUCCAGUGAUGGAAGAAGCAGUCAGAUCUUUUACUUUGGUAAAAAUAGCAACACUGGGGUGUAAAAAUAUCUCUUACAAGUCACAUUCCUGCCUGAAAAAUCAUACUCAAGUACAAAAGAUCAAAAUAUACUCAGUGCACCAAAAGUUAAAGUACUCAUUUUGCAGCAUGGCCCCUUCCAGAAUAAUACUGAUGUUUUAGUGUUUAUCAUGUUGAUGUUGCUGCUGGUGAAGUUGGAGCUCAUUUUAAUUACUUCAUAUGCUGCUGUGUAACUUAAAUUAUAAUAAUAUAUCGUAAUUUAUUAGUAGAUUUUUUUUAUUAACAAUGUAAAUUUGCAAACCGAAUAAAGCUUUAAAAUAAAUGUAAAAUGUUUGCUUCUGAAAUGCAGUGGAAUCAAAGUGUAAAGGUUAUUUGAGUAUGAAUGAUUGACUUUAUUUUGCACAAAGUAAAAACGUAAAAAACACAUCAGCAGACGUGCUCGAAAAGCAGCAGGAAGAAGUGUACACUUAUAUAAUCCCAGCUCAUUCUCAGUAGUCAUGUCUCAUUUAAAAAAAGAAAUUGUCAGCAACUAUCCCAAACUUAUUUACAACCAUUGAUACAAAUGAGUAAACAACAGUCUUAGAUAUUAAAUAUACAAACCCAUCUCAACCAAGCCCAGAUAAAUAAAUAAACCAACCAUCAGCAUCAUCUCUCCUCAUUACAUUCCAACACUGUUCAUGUCAUGGCGUUGAAAAUCUGACCUUCAGUACAAAAAACUGAAGUUUACUCCUGUUUGUUUUUGUCCAAAAGAUCACUGGAGCAUCGUCUCCAAAACGUCAAUGACUAGUGUCAGCUGAUUCUUGAUCGCUUGCUCAUUCUGAACAGUCCAGUGUGAUGUUUUUUACUGUUCUAAAAUCAGUGUACAUCUUGCAGUGCGCAUGUGACGACCAUGCACGCAGUCUGUUGCAGUCGCUCCUGCUUAUUUAUACUUCUUAUUUUGUGUUUUCUUAUAAAUCUUAAUGCUGUUAUUUAUUUGUUUAGUCUUUAUUUAACCACUCUUUUUCAAGAGUGUCCUGGCCGAGACAGGCAGCAACAUAAAGUUCCAGACAACACAGAACAAAAAUACUAAAUGUAAAAAAUGUACAGCUCUAAAACAAGCAAUAUGAAACACAGAAUAAGAUUAACUACAUAGAAAAGCCCAAAUGUAUGAUAAUAUAUACUAGAAAUGAUCCAUAGAAAUGCAAAAACAGGCGACUAAACAUGAUUACAAAGACUAGCUUGUGUCCAAAAAUCCUUUUAAACAGCCGAGAGGAACCAACGGGAGAUGAGGAGCUGCAGACAUAAAUGCUUGCUUGCCAAACUCUGUACGUGCCCUCGGUACAGACAAUAAGAACAUGUUCUGUGGAUGGAGAGCAGCCAUUUUCAAAGUUUUGCUAAUGUACAGACAUAAAUAUACUGGUAGUAUUCCAGUGAUGUCUCUGUGAACAAGAGAAUGCCAGUGAAAAAGUGUAAGAAAUUGUAAAGAGAGCCAGCUAACCCGAGCAGACAGGAUACGGUGAUGAGUCAGUGGCGUACAGUCGUUAAUGAAUCUAAUCUAAGAGGGACUGUAACGUGUCCAGAUUUCCUCAUUUCACAACACAAUUGUGAAAUAAAACCAGUGAUGCAUAUUGUCCCAGUUAAGCCACUGAAUAACUGUCUCAUCUGGUGAUCUUCAGCUGCUGCAGGGAAACGGUCUCAGCUCGGCUGAUUCAGGACGCAUCGUCGUCAUCAUCAUCACCUCAUGAGCGGUCAAUAUGUACAAGACUUGAAUUCAGAGGUAAAGACUUGAAUCUGAGCACUGAUGUGAAGGUGAUGAUAAGGCGUGUGUGUGAGUGGGAAAGUCACGUGGGAGUUUAUGUGUUAGUGUGUGUUUGGUUAUUUCACUGUUUUGUCUUGUGGAACAAAAAAUAAAUGAGAAUGUAUGAUUUUCUUUUUUUAUAUUUGCAGCACAGCAGUUUUUUUUUUAUUUGUCUUUGAUUUGAUUUUGUUGAUAUCUUGAGACACAGAUGAAUAUUCUGAGUAAAUUGCUAUGCGCACACUUAAUUAAUCAACACACACACCACAUUUUCAGUGCAACACUUGCAAUGGUGGAAAGUCAUAGAAUAUAAUAAACAAAUAAAUUAUUAUGUAAUAUUACAGAUUAAGAUAAAACAUUGAUCCCAGAAGGUAAAGCUACCAGCAGUGUAUAUAGUGAUUAAAAUUAGCUCCCCGUUUACCAGCUGCAACAUUAAAGUUAUGAACACAUUAAUGUGUUUACUAGAUUUGUGACAGAGUGUUUAUAUGCUGUGAUAUUACUGCUCUUACUGAAGUAAAAUAUCAGAGUACUUCUUCCACCAUUGAACACACACUACCAGCCAUCGUAGUAACACUGACUGAUUAAAUUCCACACACACUUGUUCAAUUCCCUUGUUGAAAGGAUAUAUUGACAGAGAUGGAGUAUAAUAUAUUAAGUAUGUUUUCUUUAGUGUAUAAUCAAUGAAAAUAAGGAUCGUCAGGUUUUUGUUACCUCAG